CAGAAACACUUGCGUUCUCGCGUCGUGCUCGCGUCACUACUCCAUUCACUUUCACGCAACUGAGGUGACAGCGAGUGCGAUCAUGGCCAGGCUAGACGGCAAAGUUACUCUCAUCACAGGCGCCUCAUCGGGCAUUGGGCAGGCGACUGCGGUGUACUUUGCAUCCCUGGGCAGCUGGCUUGUGCUGAACGGCCGCAGGAAAGAUGCCCUGGACAAAGUUGCCCAGCUGUGCCACGACAAAGGAGUCCCAAAGGAGAAGGUCCUGGUGGUUGUGGGGGAUGUCUGCAAGGAAGACGACGUUGCUGCCAUCGUGAACGAGACACUGAAACACUUUGGCAAGAUCGACAUUCUCGUGAACAGUGCUGGCAUUCUCAAGAACGGCACCACGGAGAACACGCCACUGUCGGUCUACGACGAGAUAAUGAAUGUCAACCUCCGCAGCAUCUUCUACAUGAUGCAGCUCGCCAUCCCACAUCUCAAGAAGACCAAGGGGACCAUCGUGAACGUCUCCAGUGUAACUGGACUACGAGCUUUUCCCAAUGUUGUUGCCUACAACAUAAGCAAGGCUGGUCUGGACCAACUGACACGCACCGCUGCUCUCGAGUUGGCUGCUGAUGGUGUCCGGGUAAACGCAGUGAACCCUGGUGUCAUUGUCACAGAGGUGCACAAGCGAGGUGGCAUGACGGACGCCCAGUAUGCGCAGUUCCUGGAGCACUGCAAAACCACCCAUGCCUUGGGUCGUGUGGGCACGGCUGAGGAGGUGGCACGUUCCAUUGCCUUCCUGGCCUCGGAUGAUUCCUCGUUCAUCACUGGCCAGACGCUUGCCAUCGAUGGAGGGCGCAGCGUCAUGUGCCCACGAUAGGCCUUCCCUCGUCACUGCCAAAUGCACAGACCUCAGCCCUCCCGUGAAUUGGUCUCUUCAAGGUAGUGCUCAAGAAUAUACGAUGGUGGCAGCGAGCACCUGUUAUCCCAGUGUCAACUUCAGCUUCUAUUCGUACAGUUUCUGAAUAAAUAACUAUUUUGUGAACAA